CCUUGACUGGGCCACGCUCUCUCAGGCACUCUUAUACCGGAGCCGGUCACUCGCUUUCCCUCUUCCUGCUUGCGUUGCUUGCCAUCUAUACCCUUAUUUUGGGGAUUCCAUUAGACGCCAAGGCUAACCGUCCGUCGAUCCUCUUUACCUCACGCUCCUCCACCCCAUAGAGGUCGUCCAACAUGCCAGCCCCAUCGACCGCAGAUGCGCCGCUGCCGCUCAAGAAGCAGCCGUACCCGUUCUGGCUCGGAGGAGUGGCCGCCACCAUCGCAGCGUCGAUCACGCAUCCGUUGGACUUGACCAAGGUCCGAUUGCAGGCGUCGGGGGACAAGAGGAUGAUAGAGAGCAUCAAGAAGACGUAUAGAACGGCCGGCACACGAGGGCUGUUUGACGGGAUAUCUGGGACGUGGAUGCGCCAGAUGUCGUAUUCUCUGUGCCGCUUUUGGGCAUACGACGAGAGCAAGAAGAUCGUCGGUGCUGGGAAAGACGCGCCCGCUUGGAAACUCGCUCUUGCGGGAAGCAUGGCGGGUGGGAUUGCCGGAUUCGUGGGCAACCCGGGAGAAAUCGUGAUGGUCCGCUUACAAGGGGAUUUCGCCAAACCUCCAGAGAAGCGCUUCAACUACAAGAACUGUUUCGACGCUCUCUUCAGGAUGGUUCGGGAAGAAGGGACCUCUUCCUUGAUGCGGGGCGUCGGACCGAACGUUUUCCGUGCCAUCCUCAUGAAUGCUAGUCAAUUGGCGUCAUAUGACUUCUUCAAAGCGGAACUCUUGAAGACGGCGUACUUUGAUGACAACAUUGCAUGUCACUUCACUGCUAGCUUUGCCGCAGGGACUGUGGCUACGACGGUUUGCUCUCCAGCCGACGUGCUGAAGAGCCGCAUCAUGAACGCUUCGGGCCCAGGAUCUACUUCGACGAUGGCUGCCAUCCGCACUGCGAUGCAAACCGAAGGACCGAUGUUCAUGUUCAAAGGCUGGGUGCCCGCCUGGAGUCGACUGCAGCCGACGACGAUCCUGAUAUUCUUGACCCUCGAGCAGCUCAAGAACGGCGUCGAUUUCUCCCGGAGUAAAGGCUUCACCCUGGUGUAGAUCCUGCUCUCGAGUCGAGGCUGAGUCGGCCGGUGGCAUGGACAUGCACGCGUGUGAUUUUGUACUGAAUUUUUGUGAUGGAUAGUGUGUAUGUAAUUAUAGGAUGAAAGAUUUGCUGAACAUUGUAUCACGUGGCGCUUCGGAAGUACUUGGAACGACUUGACUCAAGUCGCCGGAAAAUAAAUCUUGCUUUUAC